UCUCCGCGUGGAUAUCGCCGCUCCGUGCACCCACCUCCGCUCCCUCCGCUCCGUGCGCCGCCUCUCCGCGUGGACACUGCCGCUCCCCGCCGCCCCGCUCCGCACCAUGACUCUGGAGGAGACCCGCGGCCAGGACACGGUUCCUGAAAGCACAGCCAGGAUGCAGGGCGCCGGGAAGGCGCUGCACGAGCUGCUGCUGUCGGCGCAGCGCCAGGGCUGCCUCACCGCCGGCGUGUACGAGUCCGCCAAGGUCCUCAACGUCGACCCCGACAACGUGACCUUCUGCGUGCUGGCCGCGGACGCGGAAGAUGAGGGCGACGUGGCGCUGCAGAUCCACUUCACGCUGAUCCAGGCCUUCUGCUGCGAGAACCACAUUGACAUCGUGCGCGUGGGCGACCUGCAGCGCCUGGCGGCCAUCGUGGGCGGCGAGGCGGGCGCGCCCGGGGACCUUCACUGCAUCCUCAUCUCCAACCCGCAUGAGGACGCGUGGAAGGACCCCGCGCUGGAGAAGCUCAGCCUGUUCUGCGAGGAGAGCCGCGGCGUGAACGACUGGGUGCCCAGCGUCACCCUCCCCGAGUGAGCGCCUGCGGCGCGGUCUGAUCGAUGCGGAGGCGCCCUCGGAGGGCGGAGGGC